AUGGAACAACCAAACGACGUCAUUUGCAACUUCUGUGAAAAUGAGUACACUUUGACAGAUAAUGAAGUUGAGAGCAAUCUGCCUCGCAUUCUUAUAUGUGGUCACAUCUUCUGCACAACCUGCUUGCAGUCAAUGGAAUUUGAGAAUGCAGUCAAGUGUCCAGACUGUGAGGUGGAGUCAAUCCUGCCUGAGGAGGGUGUGUAUGGACUACAGGAAGACACCGGCAUCAUCGGUCUCAUCUACUCUGCCAAAAUGAAGAAAAUGAGAUGGUCCAGAGAUGGCGUAGAUGCGCCCCUUUGGGAUGACCGCACCCGGCUGGAGCUCAAUGCCACAGUCACUGGGUCUGAUACAUCAAAAAGAGGAUCAAGCAGGAGGGGCAGAGCGACAUCCUCUGACAUCAGUUGUACCCUUAAGGAUAUGGAGCAGUUACCAGAACUUGAGAAGGUUGAGAAGGCCAUGGACGAGGCAAUGACCUCCGCCAAGGAAAAUCUUGCCAAGCUGAAGGUUUUACACCAGACUUUAAUUGAAGGCCUGGAAAAGCAAAUGAAGAAAGAGGAAGCUCGACUGGAGAAGGAGAUCAACCGCGCAACUGACAAGGCGAUAAACGUCACCCGAAAGUGGGGACAAAUGCAGCUAAGUCAGCUCAGCGGACUUCAACUUCACUUCUCCAGCACUCAUGCAGAAAUAUGUAAAGUCAAGGGGAGGAUCGCCACUCUGGAGGAUGCCUUGCAAAAAGCCAAGACGGUGCGACGCCUCCCCUUUCUUAAGCAGUACGGCGACUUGGACAAGAUUUUGACGACUCUUAAGGCCCCUUUGGACAACCAGUCGUUCGAUAUGAAGUGUAUCACUAAGGGCUGCGGAUUGAGUGUUUCAUUCAGGUCCCAGUGUUUGAACCAGAGCGUGAACUUCUUUAUCAAGAUGGACAAAAAUGAGACAAAAGACGUGUCUGAGGUGUCACUCACCCAAAUUCAGCAACACAGUGGGCCCGUGGAAUCUUUUGACAACAGCUACAGGCACUUAAGCCACGGCAAAACCAGGAGUCCGCUGAGGAGGAGCCCAAGGAGGAUGAGCCCACGGAGGAUGAGCCCAAGACGGAGGCCUGAAUCCCGAUGCCCGUCUCCAAACCCAAAACGUAACCUUUGCAAGACAUCAUCCGCUGAUGAUACCACUGAUGACAUCAUUAUUGAGGAGGUUAUAAAUACAGUGGAGGAAUUUGUUGCUCCUCCCACCGGUCCCGAAUUGGCCAACGAUGCGCACAGAUCACGCUGUAAAAGAAGCUGGAAUUUGUCUGGAAAAAGGAAAAAUGUUGCCCCGUGGGUGGUGGUUACUCAUGUUGUUAACCCCACUCACUUCUACGUGUGCUCUUGGGCCGAGAAGCGGGAGAGUGACGUUUUGUCCAAGAAGAUCAACACCUUCUGCAACCAAAACAUCAGCUUCUUCUCCGCCACAGACGAAGUGCAAGCUGGCUCCUUGAUUUUGGCCAAGGGAAAUUCAGGUCUUUGGUGCCGUACCAAAGUGCUGGAGGUCUUCCAAAAUGGCCAUGGCAGCAGUGUGCAAUUUUGUCCGGUCGACCAACUUACCGGUGUCUCCAUCUUUUUUGUUGACUACGGUUUCACCAACAACGUCAACAUAGAAAGAAUUUGCUCAAGCACACAGUCUUCAGUAGACGCGGUCAACAACCAAUUGAGGAAGAUCAACCCAGAGUUAAUUCAUAUUGCUCCCCAGGCCAUCCGAUGUUCCCUCAAGGACCUGGUCCCCUACGACCUAGCAAAGGGUUGGUGCAGAGAGGCUCAGGUGGAGUUUUGCCAAGUGGUGGGUUCCGGUGCUGUGGAAAUGAUUUCCUACGGUCAAGACAGCGAGGCCCUGCUGGUGGACCUGAAGAAACCUCCUAUGGGACCAUCCAGCGAAAUUCCCAUCUCGAUCCGGGACCACCUGGUGUUCAUUGAAGUAGCUAGGUUUUAUUGUCCAAUGAACUCGAGCGGUAGGCCGCUUAAGUACUAUACAGCAGUCCUACCCAUAAUCCAUGUGGAGUACAGUGCCGUGGUGACACACAUCAACUGCCUUGAUGACUUCUACAUCCAGCUGCAGACUGACAACAUGGAGACCUCGUUGCUGGAAGAUAAGCUACAGCAGUAUUACAACACCAAAAGUGGAGAAGACCUGUUGGUUUACUGUCCUGACAUUGGACAGGCCUGUGUAGCACGCUUGGGCGAAAACAUGUGGUACAGAGUUGAGGUCAUAGGUCAUGCUGGCGGCCAAACCGUGGAGGUGCAGUACAUUGAUUUGGGACUUAAGGCAUCAGUGUUUGUCAGCGACUUGAGGAAGAUUAAGGAUGAGUUCUUCUUUCUGCCAGCACAGGCCAUCCAGUGCUGCCUGUCGGACGUGCUUCCUCUGGCUGGAGAGACGUGGAGCGACGCCUGUAUCAAACGCUUCUCCAGCUUGGCUCUCGACAAAUUGUUCACCAUCAUGGCUACAGAAACAUCCCCUAAGACAAAACCUCUACCAGUAAAGCUAUUUGAGAGCACCCCAAAUGACUCACCCACUGACAUCGCCCAGGUGCUAAUUACAGAACGAUUGGUGUGCUCGAAAGACAGUAUCAAAGCCAAUAUAGUAGAGGUUCCCACCAUGGAGUUUCAGCCUCAGCUCAGUCUUCCCGGCACUGUCAAGGACGUCAAGGUUCGAGUGAUCCACAUUGACUCUCCAAGCAGCUUUUAUGUUCAUUUCGUGAAAUUCGACUCUCAACUCAAAAGAUUGACUGAGCUUCUGAAGGAGGAGUGUGAGCUCAUGGAGCCUCAGGAUGUGGCGUGGAAGCCGGGCAUGUUCUGUGCAGCUUACAUAAACCAUGUUUGGGAAAGAGGACUAAUAAGUUCCCAAGUCUCGGCCGACAGCGUUGCAGAGGUGAAGCGCAGUGACCACGGCAACAAAGUGAAACUGCAUGUGAGCAGCCUUAGGCCACUUCCAGCUUCAUUGGAAGGUUCGUUUGCACUGGAGUGCUCGUUGACUGACAUCAGGCCAGCAGGGGGCAAACCUUCUUGGACUGCCACAGCCUGCGACUACAUGCGCGACAGCCUAUUAGGAGCCUUGGCGCUAAUCACCAUCCCGGAGCUGACGGAUGAACGACCGGUAGCUGUAAUUCUAUGUACCACCAGCUUAACGGGAGAGUCGGUCAGCACUUCUGACUGUCUCACCUACGUGGGUCUCGCUCUCAGGAAGAGGAAGCCAUUGGAGUUGACGGUUGAAAAGCCAAAUGAAAGUGACGCUCAGUCUUCAGACACAAACGUACAAGCCAUACCCUCUCUAGGGGCAACUCCCCCAGUGUAUCCUUUGCCACCUUUCCUCCCUAGACCUACACCUCGCACCACCAUGCCCACUGAGAAGGUGAAAACUAACCUGUACAAAGCACCAGAACUUCCUAAGGUAGGCCUCAACCAUAUGACUGUGUCCGCUGUCAAAGAAGACGGACUCAUCUACGUCAGAACUGACGCCGCAGGUAUUCUUUUGGAACAGCUGAAAGUAGAGAUCCAGCAGAGCAUGAAGACACUUCCCAAUCAGAAGCCUUACACCUGGAAGACUGUCAAAGGAUGCGCUGUCAUUGGUCCUGACAUGCUAUGGUACCGGGGACAACUGCUGGAGGUAUUGGGAGGACAUGUCAAGGUACAGUAUGUGGACUACGGCUUGGUGGAGAACAUUCCAGUGGUCCACGUGUACCCUCGCUUGCUGUGUCAGGACAUCCCACAACUCUGCAUAGCCUGUCAACUAAACACCAUAAAUCCUGUCGGCAGCAGCUGGCAACAGGAUGCAGUGGAGCUUCUCAAUGAGAUGCUUUUGUAUCGCCGUGUGGAUGUCUACAUACUGAAGCUGCCGACUGACCCCAGGCAACCACUGAUGGUGGAGAUCUUAUUGGAUGGAAUGAACCUCAACACCAUCUUAUGUCACCACAAACACGCACUGAUCGCCCGGACAGCGCAACUGGUACCUGCUUUGUCAUCGCCGGUCUACGUUUCAGAAUUUUGGAACAUCGACACUGAGGGUCUGCUGGGCCCCCAAAUGGUGACGUUGGAUUCCUUCAUGGAACGCAGCCUGCCUGAGAAGGGUAAAUCUUUGACAGUCCGCGUGAGGCACCUGCAAACUCCCAACGAGGUGUUUUUGUGGUGGGAGGACACAACCCAAGAGGUGGUGGAUGAAAAAACUCUGGAGCAGCACUUGAUGGCAAUCAACGCUGAUGUUCAUAGUCUGCUGCCAGUCACUAAUUUUCCUCAAGGCGGCCCGUGUCUAGCAAAAUACAGUGACGGCAGCUUCUACCGAGCCAAAAUGCUGGACAUUGUCUGCGCCGAUCCCGUCCGGAUCCUCAUCCAACACGUGGACUACGGCUCCAACGACAUUGUAGCCACUGACGUACUGCGUCAGAUGCCAGUAGAAUUGCUGAGUUUUCCAGCACAAGUGCUCAAGGUGCACGUGGCGGGUUUUAAGGCUCCGAGCACCAGGGCGGAGGGUGAGAUGCUGCCCUACAGCCCGGAAUGGAGCGUCAAGGCCACGCUGGCCAUGCUCGAGCUGCUACACGGAGAAAUCACCGCUACUGUGGUUGAGGGUAGACCCACGGUAAGGGAUCCAUCUGUAUUACUGUUUAGCCAGGAUGGGCACUCAGUCUUCUUGCCCCUGCUUGCUAGAGGCCUGGCACAACUUGAUUGA